AUGGGGGUGUUGCAACCUCGUGGACGUCGCGACUCUCGCGCAUCAGCUCUGUCGCGCAAUUUGCUCUUCGAUCGCGACACUCAAACUUCUGCCUCAGAGUCGGCUGUGGAACAUGCACACCUGGGUACAUCUCCCAGUCCAAUGGGAGUCGCAUCAAGCUACAACGGUUCAACAAUACGCACUCCGAACCGGUCCUUCUACCACCGGUCAUUGAAUACGAACAAUAUGGAUCCGGCACAUUAUGCUUCAGACGGUCUCCGGGACCAGACGGCCGAACUGGCGACAUACGGUCUGUCGCUAACCAAAAAGUCCCAUCUGCGAGAUGGCCCCGGCCUACCGCCCAGUCUGGAUAUAUUCCACGGCAGCCAAUCCACGGCCCACUCGCACGAUGAGCCCAGAAGUUCUGGGGCUGCCGGGGAAGCUCUGCUGGAGCCGCGACAUGCAUCUCUGGAUCCUGCAUCAGCCUCAUCAGCAUUGACAGAAAUGAUCCGCCGCCCUUCGGAAGUUGCAGUGGAGGACGAGCUCACACAGCCAGGCGCUGGUGAAAUCACCCAGUUUCCACCCCCACCGACGGUCCAAGAAGAAACCGAGCCGGACACCGAGCACACGUCGCUACUGUCCAAGUCACGAUCGAAAUCUACACAGAAUUAUGGAUCGUCGGAUGUGGAGAACCAGAGGGUGCCGAUCAUACGAGCUCCAACCGCCCUCGAUCAAGGGCUAUCGUCUCUGGCUCAGUGCUCUCGGACGUUGACCAACCCUAAAUCCUGGAACGGCCGCGCCAUAUGGGAACAGGCUGUCGCUUAUCCAGCGAGUCUAGUACCCGCGGUCCUGCUCGGACUGCUUCUCAAUAUCCUCGAUGCCCUAUCUUACGGAAUGAUCCUGUUUCCCCUGGGUGAACCCUUGUUCGCACAUCUCGGCACCGAUGGCAUCUCGAUGUUCUAUGUCAGCACAAUCAUAUCUCAGGUCGUCUUCUCAAGCGGAGGCUCAAUCUUCAAGGGAGGAAUCGGUAGUGAGAUGAUUGAGGUAGUACCCUUCUUCCACCAGAUGGCCUUCACCAUCAUGAACUCCAUUGGCAAGGAUAAUCCCAAGUCAGUGAUCGCAACGACCAUUCUCGCAUUUUCCGUCAGCUCCAUCCUCACCGGUUUGGUGUUCUUCCUCAUGGGUGUCUGUGGGCUAGGCUCACUCAUUGGCUUCUUCCCCCGCCACAUUCUCAUCGGAUGUAUUGGUGGUGUUGGUUACUUCCUGCUCCAAACCGGUGUCGAGGUCUCUGCCCGCUUACCAGGGUCCUUGGAGUACAACCUUCCUACGCUUGAGAAGCUAUUCCAAGUUGACACUCUCCCACUUUGGAUUGUACCCUUGGCUCUUGCUAUCGGUCUUUUGGUAUUGAAGCACUUCGUACGAUCCAACUUCUUGGUCGGCGGCUAUUUUAUUGCUGUUGCUGCUGUCUUUUACAUCACCAUCUUGAGCGCCCGAAUCUCCAUGGACACUUUGCACCACACUGGGUGGGUCUUUGACGCCCCAGCUUCUAAUAACCCGUGGUAUCAUUUCUACACGCUCUACGAUCUUUCAGAGGUCAAUUGGACUGCAUUUAGCGAGACCAUUCCGGCGAUGUUUGCACUAACCUUCUUUGGCGUGCUACACGUACCAAUCAACGUUCCAGCUCUCGGCAUAUCAACUGGCGAGGACAAUCUGAACGUUGACAGGGAGCUUGUGGCUCAUGGUGUCACCAAUGCCCUUUCGGGCUGCGUAGGAAGUAUCCAGAAUUACCUCGUCUACACAAAUAGUUUGCUGUUCAUUGCUAGCGGUGGAUCUUCUCGCUUGGCUGGACUCAUGUUGGCCGCAGCCACAGCGGGGAUCAUGGUCAUCGGUCCAGUCAUCAUCGGCUAUAUCCCCGUCAUGGUCGUGGGUGCCUUAAUCUUCCUACUCGGAAUCGAGCUGUUGCAAGAAGCCUUGAUCGACACGUGGGGAAAGCUAACCCGCCUCGAAUAUCUGACUGUUGUCAUCAUUGUCGUGACAAUGGGUGCCUUGGACUUCGUCGUUGGAAUCUUCGUUGGAAUCAUCCUGGCUUGUGUGAACUUCGUAGUUCAGACAUCCCAGAAGUCUGCCAUUCGCGCAACAUACUCGGGUGAGAUUGCUGGCUCCACAGUCCGGCGUCCCCCAAUCCAGCAGCAAUUUCUCCGCGAAGCCGGGCAACAGACCCUCAUGAUCAAGCUGGGUGGCUACCUAUUCUUCGGUACCAUCGUCAACGUGGAAAAUACCAUGCGUGGCCUGAUCGAGGAUGACGCCUUCGACCGGCGGCCCAUUCGGUUCCUCAUUCUCGACUUUUCUCGCGUCUACGGUAUCGACUUCUCCGCUGCCGAAGCUUUCACGCGCAUCAACCGUGUCCUUCGCAAGCGCAACGUGCAGACUGCCAUUUCCGGCCUCAAGGUCGAAGGCGACGUAGGCAAGUCGCUACAAAAUGUAGGGCUUUUCGAAACCGAAUCUGGUGUCCCUAUCUUCGAAGACCUCAAUUCGGCCCUCGAGUUCUGCGAAAAUGACUACCUCAAAGUGUUCUACAACCGCCAGGAAGCCCUCACUACCCCAACCGAGCCAGCUGCCAGCGACAGCGACGGCGAGCUACACCUCCCGGUCCCGGUCCCCUCACAACCCACCGUCCUCCCCGACAACAUUGUCAGCUCCCCUCGUCGCCAAUACCUCCAACGCGUAGCAACAUCCACAAUCCAAGCUCACGAAACCAGCAUGAUGAUCUCCCCCGCGUGGUCCGCCAUGCGUCAACCCCUCCCUCUCCUCCUUCAAACCUUCCAAGGCCUCUCCUCCCAGAAUGAAGAUUUCUGGUUCCCCGCCUGCGCAUACUUCUCUCGGGAAUCCUACCCUGCCAAUACAGUCCUGUACCACGAAGGCGACGCCCCGCGCGCCUUCUACCUCCUCGAAUCAGGCAUGCUGCGCGCAGGCUACGAUUUACCACAGGGCCAAUACUUUGAGCUGAUUGUCGCCGGUCGACCCUGUGGCGAGCUACCCUUCUUCAGCGAUACACGCCGCACCGCCACCGUCAAGGCUGAGCGUGAUUCAGUGGCCUGGUGUUUGACUGGUGAGCAGUGGAAGAUUUUGCAGGAGAAAGAACCGCGAAUUGCUCGGGAGCUGCUUACUGUUAGUUUGAAGUUGACUACUGAGCGCAUGGAUAGUAUCACGUCGCAUGUAUUGACUAUGGCGGCGUGA